CACAGGGCUAUUGCAAGAGGCAAGUUCAGUAUGUUAAAGCUGUUGUUUGCCGUAGCUGUUGCCGGCGUGUCGGUCGCUGAGAGGAAAUGCGCCAACCCUUCUUGGAGAGCGUAUGAGGGGUCUCUUGGAUUGGGUCUGCCUCAGGUGCACGAGCACUACAAGCCGCUUAAGGAGAGGGGCCGCAACAUCAUCUACUACGACCAGCAGAAUCAGAUGACUGCGAUUGUAUCAAACAUAUCUGUCGGCGACCAUCAUGGGGACUUCAAGAUCAUCACCGACUAUAAGGAAGGACUUCGCUACACCAUCAACGAGAAGAAAAACACAUGCAAAGUCAAAGAGAUCACCCGAAGUUUCCCAGAACUCUGCAUUCCAGAGAAGGCAACGUACCUGUUUGACGUCCAGCUGGGUUACGCAGUGCAGGGCGAGAAGACCAUCAGUGCCAAGGCGUAUUUUGGGGAGUUGGAAAGAAGGAAGGGGAGGGUAGGCGUCGUCAUGACGGUCACCAGUGACCGCUACCUCCCCGUCCUGUCCACUGAGUACGGCCUUGGAAAACACAAAUACCUCCUGUCGACUCUGUUUGGAAAUAUAGCAGACCCUAUACCCACUGAUGAAACUGGUGUCUUCACUGUACCUUCAAUCUGUGACAUCAAGCUUUACCAAGAUGAAGAGCUCAACGUCUUCCUCGGACCUGUUGCCAAGAUGCUUCUUGAUGAGAUUGCCUGAAGCGCCUUCAACACAUGACCGAUGUUUCUUUGGAGAUAUUACUAUCAGCAGAGGGGAUCGUAAAGGCCCUUCAACACAUGACCGAUAUUAGCUUCGUACUCUGCUCCAACGUUGACAUGGAUGAUGUAUUACUGUAGCUACAUCUAUAUUAAAGGCAUCUGCAUCAUU